AUGGCGCCCAAGCCGCCUCAGACAUCGAGCAAAGCCCAGAACCGCUCAAAUCUUCCAUCAUCGUCGAUAAAUAAUUCGAAACGAGGCCCAGCGAAGCAACCUUUGCCAACAUCGGAGAGGUUGAAGCGACUAUUCACAUCACUCUGCGCCCAAAUCGACGGUGGUCAUUUCAGCAACGCUAUCAAAACCUGCGAUAAAAUCUUGCGGUUGGAGCCUACUGACCCCGAUGCUCGCCAGACGAAAUUGUUCUUGUUACUUCAAACAGAGCAAUACGACGCGGCCUUGGAGCUCAUAAACUCUGGAAAGGACGAAAUACGAUACGCCUUUGAGCGUGCGUACUCGCUUUACCGCUCGCAACGGGAGUCAGAGGCUGCGGAGCAAUUGGAGGCGCUUGGUGAGGGGGGCCAUCGAGGCGUGGUUCAUCUCGAAGCUCAGCUUAACUAUCGCCAAGGAUCAUAUCAGACCGCCUGUGAUCUAUACUCGCAGUUGCUGGAUACAUCCGAUCCACACUCCGAAGAACACUCCGACGUUCUCACAAACUUGCAGGCGUCACAAAGUCACCUUGACUUCAUUAAUUCGGCAUUUCUCCAUGUGCUGGGCACAUUGCCAUCCUCACUUGCCAAUUCUCUCGAGUCCUCUCCACCCCCGUCACAGCCCACACCAGCGAUCAAAGUAUCUGUACCACCACUCUCGGUGGAGUCGCCCGAGGCUCAUGUCAAGGACGCUCCCAAGAAGCCCAGAAAGUCCCGGGUCCCACCCGGCGUUGUUCCUGGUGUUACACCCCCACCCGAUCCAGAACGAUGGCUCAAGAAAAGCGAGAGAUCGACUUUCUCCCAAGGUCGUCGCCGAAAGACCGGCGCUGGCGGGGCAACACAAGGAGCCGCCAGCGUCGAUGUUGGGGCCAGUAUAUCUACGCCAAAGGGAACAGGCUCGAAGGGUAAGAAGAAGAAAUAG